GAACAACAAUAUUGCUUUGAUGGUGUUGUGGAUUUCGUAACGUAGCCAAAUUGUAGCUUAAUUCAUUUUUGGCCUGGUUGUUACUAUCUCCGGCUCCUGUGGAGAUGCUACUGAGGCGACCUGACGUCACAGACCGAGGGCUGGACACAACUUCAGUCCGCUUUGCCUCUCUGUAAGUGGGGGAGAUGGCGCGUGUCCUUCCUUGAGAGAGCUAAACUAAAUGUAGGCUGUGUAUUAUUGGCGUAUAACACAAAACAUCUGGAAGUCUUGCAGUGCCUAUUUAUAACGUCCUAAAAUAAUUCUAGAGGAAUCUGUAUCCAGGAGAUAAUACGCCAAAAUCACCAUCCCAAGCGGAGCAGUAUUUUUGGGUGGUCUGCAGUACCCCAGCUGAUUCUGCACGAUCGCUGAGGAGGGGAGGGGGAGUGUAGGGUUGGGUUUAGGACCGCGUAGCCUCCGCCUCUCUGUUUGUCCAGUACCGGGACGGCAAGGGGAAAGCCCGGGCACUCCUGGGCCAUGGCAGCGGGAGGAGGAUGUGGCGAGUCGGUGGACCAGUACAGGGCCGAGGUGGAGCGCCUGACCCGGGAGCUCGCCGAGGCGAACCGGGAGAAGAUCCGGGCUGCAGAAUGCGGUCUGGUGGUCCUGGAGGAGAACCAGACGCUGAAGCAGCAGUACGCGGAUCUGGAAUCCGAGCAGGAGACACUAAAGCGGGAGCUUGAACAGUUGCAGGAGGCGUUUGGCCAAGCCUAUUCCCAGCAGCGCAAGGUGGCGGAGGAUGGCGAGAGCAACGAGGAGACGUUGCUGCAGGAGUCGGCCAGUAAAGAGGCCUACUACAUGAGCCGGCUGCUGGAGCUGCAGACCGAACUGAAGAACAGCCGCUCGAUGGCCUCCAACGCCCAGGCAGAGAGCGAGAGGCUCAACAUGCUCAUGCAGGAGCUGAGAGAGAGUAAUGAGGUGUUGGAGCUUCAGAGGGGUCGUAUGCGGGAGGAGAUCAGAGAGUAUAAGUUCAGAGAGACACGCCUCCUGCAGGACUACACAGAGCUGGAGGAGGAGAACAUCACUCUACAGAAACUAGUGUCCACACUCAAACAGAACCAGGUGGAGUAUGAGGGCCUGAAGCAUGAGAUUAAGGUUCUGGAGGAGGAGACGGCGCUGCUGAACAGCCAGCUGGAGGACGCGCUGCGGCUGAAAGACAUCGCCCAGGCCCAGCUGGAGGAGGCGCUGGACACGCUCAAGAGCGAGCGCGAGCAGAAGCACGGCCUCCGCAAGGAGCUGGCACACCACAUCAGCCUUGGCGAAAGCGUCUACGGCGCCGGUGCCCACCUGGCGCUCGCCGCUGUCGACCAGCUCCGCUUCGCAACCGAGACAGACGUCACGGCGGCAACGCCCACGGCCAACGGGUCCGUGGGUCCGCACAGCCUCCCCGGGUCCGCCCUCACCAGCCCCGGCGUCGAGGACGUGGGCCGCUGCAACAGGCUUCUCCAUGGGAACAGGGCGACCGCAAAUGGCACGGCGGAGUUUGGGCACCUCGCAGGGCUGGGGAGGAAGGGGGUAGACAGCGUGGCACUGCCUCCGGUGGCGGAUCUCUUCAGCGAGCUCAACCUCUCAGAGAUGCAGAAACUCAAACAACAGCUCAUUCAGGUGGAGCGCGAGAAGGCGUCUCUCCUGGUGACACUGCAUGAGUCUCAGACCCAGCUACAGCACACCCAGGGCGCCCUCACUGAGCAGCACCGGCGCGUCCACCGCCUCAAUGAACGCCUGAGCACCAUGCACCGUUUCUACGGAAACAAACAGUUUGACGCAGAGGAGACCGAAAAGGACGGAGACCAUAACGGAGAGGACAUCGCCACCACCAAUGGCUGCUGCAACAACGAGGAAGAGGUGGAGCUCCACGGCUUCGAGGUGCUGGAGGGUAAGUACCGCGUAGCGGUUACCGAGGUGAUCGACCUGAAGGCGGAGCUUAAGACGCUGAAAGAGAAGCACAACCUGGUGGUGGAGAGCCAAUCAGAGGAGAAGAGCCGCAGCGAGGGGAAGGUGCGCACUCUGACGGAGGAAAUAGGCUGUCUAGAAUGCGAGUGCCGGGAGGGCCACGAGCGAAUCGUUAGGCUGGAGGCGGAGCUGCGUGGCCAGUUGGGCGUGGCCAGCGAAAGCCAGAGCAUGCUGACUGCGGCGCAGGACGAGCUGGCGACGUUCAGCGAGGAGCUGGCGCAGCUCUACCACCACGUCUGCCUGUGCAACAACGAGACGCCCAACCGCGUCAUGCUGGACUACUACCGGCAGAGCCGCAUCACCCGCAGCGGCAGCCUCAAGGGACCCGACGACCCGCGUGCCCUCCUCUCCCCGCGCCUGGCCCGACGCCUGGCCGCCUGCGCGUCUUCCUUCUCCGAGCCCCCCAAAAGCCCCCAAGAGUCCCCCUCCAAGGACCCACCGUCAUCCGGCACCGGUGAGGGAGGGCAGGGGAGCCCCACCCGCACCCCUCAGGGCUCGGGGUCGCCAGUCAGCAUCAGCAUUUCGCCAUGCCCGUCCCCCUCGCCUGACAGCGGCUCGGGAGGUGGGAGUGGCGGCGGCGACUUGAGGAGAGAGCCAAUGAACAUCUACAACCUGAACGCCAUCAUCCGCGACCAGGUCAAGCACCUGCAGAGAGCCGUGGACCGCUCCCUGCAAUUGUCGCGGCAACGGGCCGCCGCACGCGAGCUGGCGCCCGUGAUGGACAAGGACAAAGAGGCCUGCAUGGAAGAGCUGCUCAAGCUCAAGUCUAACCUCAGCACCAAGAGAGAGCAGAUCGCAACACUACGGCUGGUGCUCAAGGCCAACAAACAGACAGCAGAGGUGGCCCUGGCCAACCUGAAGGGUAAGUAUGAGAAUGAGAAGUCCAUGGUGACGGAGACCAUGAUGAAGCUGCGCAACGAGCUAAAGGCCCUGAAGGAAGACGCGGCCACCUUCUCCUCCCUCAGAGCCAUGUUUGCCACCAGGUGUGAUGAGUACGUGACCCAGCUGGAUGAGAUGCAGCGGCAGCUGGCGGCGGCGGAGGAUGAGAAGAAGACGCUGAACUCGCUGUUGCGCAUGGCCAUCCAACAGAAGCUGGCACUCACGCAACGCCUGGAGGACCUGGAGUUUGACCACGAGCAGACUCACCGCGGACGCCAAACAGCCGGCAAGCUGGCCAGGCUCAAGAGCAGCCCGCCCAAAUCUCUUGUAGAUUGUCAGCAGCCUGCUGUCUCAGUAUCAACAUACACAUCACUACUAAAGCGAGGAAGCGUGCCAUUGGGCCGCAGUCCUAAUGUGGUGGUGGUUCUCCAGGAGGACCGGACAGCUUCAGCCAGCGCUGGGAACCGAAGUGCUCUCUCCCCCCGUGACCCCUUCAGAUGUCUGGCCCAGCCAGCCCUCCCUACCAGACCAUAGGGCACACCCUCAUGUCCAGCACACACACACACACACACACACACACACACACAUACAUACACACACACACUCAGCCUAGUCAGCACCUGUAUCUCAAGUGCUCUCACACAGUCAGGUGUCCAAGUUUCUCUGGACUCAACAAGGCCCUCUCCUUCCUGCAGUGUCACCAUGGCAACAAACCAUGACUUCAGUUGUUUGGCAUGGUGUGUGUCAAAGUUCAAGACCGGAGUGAACUACGACACAUUUAGACAUCGUGGUUAAUUCUGCAUUUAUUUAUUCAUAUAUUUAUUUGUGUUUAUUUAUUCAUGGUGAAUAUUAAUGGAUUGUUGUGUGAUAUUCCAGUUUUUGAUUGGUAUUAUUGUUUUGAAUUCAAGAACAACAGCCUUGCUGUGAUAUUGAUACUUGGAAUUGCUGCUUUUUUCCUUUGCCUUUUUUAUUGAAGCAAGUUAAAUCACGGUAAAUUGUUUGUAGAUUUGAACGCAAAUGUUACAACUGUCAUGCAGUCCGAAUUCCUUUUCAACUGGAAGUUACAAGACAUGUUAAGUAUGAGGUUCAAAGGUCUAUCAAGGUCAUCGGUGUAGGACACUACAGUGAGAGUGGCCAAAUAGGAGUCAUCAGUUGUGUGGUGCUGAAACCACAUGCUGUUUGAGUACGUUCUGCUCAUCACAAGGCUCAGUUGAAACAGCAGUUGAAAAAGAAUGUUAGAAUCUGAAGCAUGGCAUUCUGAAGCUCUCAGGUCUUGAUUUCAUGUGUGACAUGUCCUAGUGCUUUCCAAGAAAUUAGCAGAAAAGUAUUGAUGGGAGAUUUGAAUGACAGUAGUAUUUGAAUUCAAGUGAGAACACCACUGAAUUGGCUUGGUUCAGAUAUAACGUCAGUAUAUCUAAGGUAUUUGUUUUUUUAUAUUUUAUUAAAAAUCUAUGUUAUUUACGAUACACACAAAGAUUAUAUUUUAUACUUGCGUUGACCUUGUUUAACCACUGGUUUGGUGAGGCAUUUGGAUUGAGAAAGAGUAGUCUGAUAGUUGAGAGAGAGGCUGAAACUGACUGCACUAAGCGUGUGUGAGUAAGGACAGGAUAGAUCUAGACUAAGAACAAGUGGAGUAUGACUGAACUAAAAAGUGACAUUCUUAGUCACCCUUUACUCGUGUGAGUUGAAUACAUACCCUGUGUCAAAUCUCAGUAAAGGGAAAGUGUUACUCUUCCCAGUGGUCUUGUGACUGAGUUUAACUGCCUACAUUCCCCCUCUGAGAAUCACUGUAACACUGUACAUGUCUCCAUCAGCUGUUGCUGCUUAUCGUAUUUUCAUCAGAUGUUGAGUUAAUUAAUUAAUUAAUUAAUUAAUUAAUUAAUUAGGCCCUUAUCCAGGUCCAGCAGAUACACACCGGCUCUGGUUUGGUUCCCUCUCUGCCAGUUCCACCAGUCUAAAAAAGGAAAAUCUACUCUGGAUUACACUGCAUCCUUUUUUUAACCCUAAGAAGACACCUGAGCAGUCUUGAGCACAGUGGACUACUCUGAUGCUGUUACCUGUUCGGUUUAGAGACACCAUUGAAAUGAGCAUGAGCUAUGCACCAUUCUAUUCUCUUCUGGCAAAGUUCAACUCCAGCUGAACCUGAGAAGGCCUCAGCCAGGUGCUCUCUCUCUCUGCGGGAGGAACCCUUAGUGCUUCCAGGUAUAAAAGAGGAUCACUGUCAGUGGGAAAAUAAUUAAGCUGUAGAGACCCUUCAAAUAAUGAGAUGUUGUUUUUACACAGAAACAGCUAGCUUUUAAACGCUUGCAAGAGGAGAGAGGAUGACUAAGACCGUGAAAAGUGUCUAUGGGUUUGAGUUGCUGUUGAGUUUCUGUGGGUUUUCAGUACAUAUGUCAUGAUGAUACCAGAGCAAAGUCCGAUCCAGACAAUGUAAAAGUCUCUUUCCCGUACAAGUUUUUAUUUGCUCUUUUACUACUCUCACACCUUGAGCAAACAAUCCAUCUUGAGGCAUGUUCAGUCACCUCUUAAUGAAAAA